UGUUUGUAAACAACAUGGCUGUCAAAUUUAUUUUCAGUGACUAGGAGGCCUAGAUUUUUUUGUUUUGUUUUAACUUAAUUAUUUAAAUGGUACAAAAUAAAUGCACAUUUCUAAAAUCAAAGAUUCAAAAUGCCAACUAUUUCAAAUUUGAAAGAUACAACCAGACAAGAAUCAAUUCCUUCAACAGCGAAGUUAAUAGAGACAGUAAAAUAUUUGCAAGAAAAAUUGGAGCAAAGUCAAGAUGAAACUCACGAAGUCUCAAAUCAAUUAUCCUGUCUCAUUUCUUUAGUUAAACGAUCAUGGAUGGGGGACAGAGUAGCAUCCUACCAUGUGGCAAACAUUAUUGGCAUACCUGUUCCAGAUGAAGUUGGAAAAAUUAAUUUACCAUUUGUAGAUUCUAAGGCAAAAGCCAUUAUGAAUUGGGAGAGAUUUACAUUACGUUUAUUAGAUAAUGAAUAUAAAACUGUAAAAGAUGAAAUAAAAGAACGACAACAGCAUUAUAUAAAUUAUCGAGAAUUAUACAUGGAUCACAUAUUAAACACACAUCAGGAAGAAAUGUCUCACUUAGCACUACACAAAGACGUUGACAGAAAAUUUGUUAAGCAGUAUAAGACUGGAAGUCGGCUACCCAGUGGUAAAAAUAAAAGGAAAUGUCCAUCUGCAACUAAAAGACCAGGAAAAAUAGCUGAGGAAAUUGUGGACAAAGUAGAUAUAGGACUACAUAAUUUACUUUUAAACCCAGAUACUAAUGGCCGAUCUAAUCAUAGUAACGGUAGUUCUAAUACAAUAUAUAAAAAUGGAACGUGCUUAAAUUCACAAACCAAUGGAACAUAUGAUGAUUCUAGCAGAUACACAAAGGCUAAUUUAUUUAAUACAGAAGAUGUUUUGGGUAAAGCAGCAUUCUUUAAGAAAAAACGUCCAGUUAGUGCCACAUUACUGAGAGAAAGGGAUAAUCUACGAUCUAGACCUAGAAGUGCUACAACUGGAUUUCCUCCGCACACGACAGAGAGACCAUUGAAAUAUGAAACAACUAAACCUGUUUCGGCAGGUAAAAAAAAAUCAGAAAAUGACAGAUGUGGAUCAUUAGAACAUGGAAGUUCAAGGGGUAUAGAUAACAGUAGAGAAGCAGUAUUAAUAGAACAGACAAAAGCUAAGGCAGAAUUACAGUUCAGAAUCAAAUCAGCAACCAAACGACCAUCCAGCAUUGACAAGUUUGUAGAGGAUAUGAAAAAUAUGACAGAAAUGGAGACAAAAUAUAAACAAUCUACCGUCAGCUUACAAAAAAAAUUAGGACUUGAAAACAAAGGCAUGAUAUAUUAAAAUAAAUUUUUAUUGUAUGUUGUGAUGUUUUUUUACAUAAUGUGUGUAUUUUUGAGUUGCUUAAGCAUAUUGAUUCUAUCUAAUGGUAUAGGAUUAAUGUUUAUAUUGUGAUUCCGAUAUAACGAUAUUAUUCAGGAUGAUAUUCCAUCUUAUUUGUUGUAUUGUUUAUUAAGUCAAAAAUAUAUUUUUAUUAUUGUAUUUUACAUAAACAUCAAAGAAAAAAACUACAGCAUUACUCUAGUCCAUUUUGAUAUAAAUUAUUACAUUAGUUUUUCCAUGGACCUUAUAAUACAGGGUCCAUGGUUUUUCAAAUUCUAUUUGUUGAACUAUUUGCAACAAGCAAAAAAAAAAAACCAAAAAAACCCCAGACAACAUGAAACAAAUUUGAAUUAACUACAUGGGUCCUUUUUUUCUAUUACCGGUAUUCAAACAACUUUAACCCUCUUCAUAAAUCAUUGUUUGCUGCACACAAAUCAUAUAAUAUGAUAUUGUAUAAAAUUCAUUAUAUUUAUUUUCUCGUUACACUUCAUAAUGUCUCUUAAUUUUUAUUUGCAAGAGGUUUUAUUAAAGGGCACACAUCAAAAAAACCAAACUAUUUCAAUCAACUUAUGGUUGAAUUUAAGAUGAAGUAAAUCUAGUCCACUACACACUUUUCAUAUUAUGAUUUAAAGAUACAUUAGUUAAGGGUUUGAUGAAGAGUUGGUCAUUCUUGCUAUAAUAAUUCAAAAAUAGAUGAUGAAAAAAGAAAAUAUUGAAAAUUUCAUUCAAAUUACUUCAUUCUCAGCCAAGUUAACAUUGUUUGUAGUUUUGACAAGAUGUGUGCACAGUGGUAACCAGGGCACUGGUAUAAUCGGGACUUAGGGUCGCUUUCCCAUUUUUAAAUUAAACUUUAAAAUGGCGAACUGUUUUAAUCUAGUUAAAAUCUUGAGUAUCCGAUGCCAUCGAAAGUCGAUUAUAGUCUUGUUCUGUUAAUAAAUGUCAAAUUAAUAGUUUAUAUAACAUUUCGGGCCUAAAGAAAGACAUACAAUGGGUAGAUUUACCUCUUGCAUAGUGUAUGUUUAACUAAGAUUAUUCACCUGGGAGUAGAUAACCAAAUAUCCUGUUUAUACAUCCCCAUUCCCCAAAAGAUACUAAAAUGUGUAUAUUUUACAAUAAAAGUCGUUCUGUAAUCUUGUGGUACAGCAUGGUAAAUACUUCCCCAAAUUUCAUGUAGAUGGUGUUCUUGUAGUUUUAAUAGUGUCAUUGGUUGUGAAUUUGUUGGUUAUUCUUGUCUAACCCACAUAAGUAUCUCUCAUAUUUUAAGUAUGAUACCCAUUAUAACUUGUAUUUAUGUAGAAGCUGAUUAUCAUUGAAUCCCUCUGAUCAUUCAAUUUCGUUGAUGUUAAAGAAUAAUGUUAUUUUGAAUCAUUCCAUCCAGUAGCCUACUGUAUAUGUAAUAGACCAUUUUACCAAAAUCUUAUAUUUAUAAAAACUUUAAUAAAUUGAAUGUCU